AUGGCGGCCGUCGAUAGCUCUGUCCGGCCCGUCUCAACCUCGGCUGCCCUCCCGCUGGCUGCUCCAGGCAAGAAGGUUUACAGAGAAAUGCGCUUGGGUACCUAUGUUCUAGGGUCCACUUUGGGCGAAGGCGAGUUUGGGAAAGUCAAGCUUGGCUGGAGAACUAAUGGACAGCAUCCUUCCCAAGUCGCUGUGAAACUCAUUCGAAGAGACUCCCUCCGUAAAGGUUCCGAAUCCGAGAUCAAAGUAUACAGAGAAAUCAACUCCUUGAGACAACUCACACACCCCAACAUCGUCAAUCUCGUCGAAGUCGUCAAGUCAGGCGAAUACAUCGGUAUCGUGCUCGAAUACGCUCCUGGCGGCGAGUUGUUCGACUACAUCUUGCAGCAUAAACACCUCAAGGAGGACUUUGCCAGAAAGCUCUUCGCCCAACUUGUCAGUGGCGUCGACUACAUGCAUUCGAAAGGUUACGUUCAUCGUGACCUUAAGUUGGAGAACCUCUUGCUUGACAAGCACAAGAACAUCAUUAUCUCCGACUUUGGCUUCGUCAAUUGUUUCAGCUCGAGACGUGGCGACUUCAUGAAAACUUCCUGCGGUUCGCCUUGCUACGCUGCUCCUGAAUUGGUCUUAUCUCAAGCUCCCUACGAAGGCCGCAAAGUAGACAUUUGGUCCAUGGGAAUCAUCCUUUACGCUAUGCUUGCAGGCUAUCUUCCCUAUGACGACGAUGCUGAAAAUGAAGACGGCACUGACAUCACCCGCUUAUACAACUACAUUUACAAAACGCCCCUCACGUUCCCCGAAUACAUCACUCCAUUGGCCAGAGACUUGAUCCGCAGAACCAUCGUUCCUGCUCCACACAAGAGAAUCACCAUGGACGAAAUCCGCCGGCAUUCCUGGUUGGCACCAUAUGCAAGCUUACUUUCCAUCAGGCAACCUGAAUGGGACAAGCUUAGCACGGAGAAGAAGGAGGUUACCGUUGAUCCUAUCCAAAGAAGAAGCAAGCGUUACACAAUGUACGCGGAGAAUACAAACUCCUCCUCCUUGAUCUUGGGCUCUGCCAAGUCUGCCCAGGGAAGAUCAUACACUUCAAACUCCAACAUCAUAUACUCCCCACCCACUACAUCUUCGUCCUUGGCCACCAUUGUUGCAUUGCCGCCUAAUGAUCCAAGUUCAGGUUCAAGUGGAGUUUCCACAACCAGAAAUCGCUCAGGAAGCGUCGGUACCACAAGAGAUACUUCCCCCACUAAAGUUGCAUUCCACAAAGGUCAUUCAAAAUCUGCAUCAGUCUCUGGUACAUACCCAACUGCAAGCCUUGCUCUUCAAGCUAUGGUCAAUGAGCGCGAGGCCAAGAGAGCUUCUUUGGCCUUUGACGCAGAUCUGAGCAUCAUCAGUAACAACAGUGAAUUCCCAUCACCAACAAGAGGUUCGACUUACAGCGGUGCUAUACCCACAAUCGCAGAGAGCCCAACUAAUAAUGAAUUCCCUCACAAGAACGACAAGCAUCACGAUGCUAAGAUGGUGCACAGACUACCACACUCUGAGAAGAAGCCAAGACCCACUUCUUACCACCCAGGGCUGAUGUCUUCUUCAAUCAUGUCUGGGCAAAACAUCUCCGGUAACUUGCUUGACUAUAUGAAGAUGGGAAUGCCUCAGUUCUUGUCAAAUUCGCCACCCAAGCCAUCUCCUGAGCCUGUUGAAUCAUUCCAGAGCAGUCCUGGUCUGAAUCAUUCCAUCAAACCUCGCAAUAGUAGGCGUGACUCUGUCGUCACGGCUAUUAAUGUCAACGGUGUUCUCACGAAAGAUUUGAAUUCUCAUGAAAACAAACGCAAUUCGGUCUUGAGCUACCUUGAAGAUAAAAUGGAACAACUUGAACUCAGUGAGCUGCCAACAAAAUCAAACUUCUCCGAUAGUGCUCAUAAAUUCUCGUCCUCGCUGAUCCCCAAGCUAGAGACGGAACUUCAACCGUCGCAUCAAACACCACAAAUUAAUCAGCUGCCAACAUUUGACACGCAAACUGAUUCGCCUGUUGCUGUUGGAGAUGAGACGGAGAAAGCUGCUGGUACAGAAAGCACUAUCACACAGGAAGACAUUGAUAAGAAGGACCAACUUGGUGAGGUAACCAACGACGAAAAUGCUCCCGUCGCAAAAGAAAGUAGCGGGUAUCCUAGAAGGGGAGAGACAAACGAUAAUACCGCUUUGAAAGAUACAAAAAAGAGGAACAGAUUCAGCUUAAUAUCCUUCUACAGCUCAUUUAAUGAGUCCUCAACCCAGGUCGACAAUAGGCCGAGCACACCAACGAACAACGGUCGUAAAAUUUUAGAGCCUUUAAACGACGCUAACGUUGCCAAUCACUCCAGUGCCGCCAAAGAGAAGCGAAUUGGAUCUGGUUCUUCAGGAAGGUCUAACCACUCAAGAAAAUCAUCAUCGGGCCCCGCCAACGGCACCUAUGUUAGAGGCAAGGAAGCCAGUGCAGCCCGCAAAGUAAUGAACUUCUUCAAGAGGAAGAGUAUCCGUGCCAACUAA